UUUAGCCAAUCAAACGACUUCUCUUCACCCCUCCCGGUAGCUCUUAUAAAUUACAUCAAACUCAUUAUCCUUUUCAUAUCCUUCUCCUUGAAAAGCCAGCUGUAACUGCAUAUUUACCCGUAAUGUCAGGACGCGGAAAGCAGGGGGGCAAAGCUCGCGCCAAGGCCAAGUCGCGCUCAUCCCGCGCUGGCCUUCAGUUCCCGGUGGGGAGAGUGCACCGCCUGCUGCGCAAAGGCAACUAUGCCGAGCGGGUGGGGGCCGGCGCGCCUGUGUACCUGGCGGCCGUGCUCGAGUACCUGACCGCAGAAAUUCUGGAGCUGGCGGGCAACGCAGCUCGAGACAACAAGAAGACGCGCAUCAUUCCUCGCCAUUUGCAGCUAGCCGUAAGAAAUGACGAAGAGCUCAACAAGUUACUUGGAGGUGUCACUAUUGCCCAGGGCGGCGUCCUGCCCAAUAUCCAGGCAGUCUUGUUGCCCAAGAAAACGGAGAGUCACAAACCUGGCAAGAAUAAGUAACUAGGGAGCUUGACACCACCCCUACUCACCCCAAAGGCUCUUUUAAGAGCCACUAAAGUAUCAAGUAAAGGGCUGAU